ACGAGUCGGAUCGGAGCGAGCGCUCGUUCGUUCAGUUACGUUUCCGACCCACGAGCAGCUGGUGCGCUGUGCUGCGGGCCCCCAGUUGCCACUCGUUUUACUCCAUUCGCUUCAUUAUAUUGUAUGACAUAUCCCUUGUAAUACAAUGACGUUGAACUAUUGUAGCAAAGUAUUUUUAGACAUAUUAUAAGUGUGCCUGUGAUCAGUGUUGUGUACAAAGAACGAGCGAUUUGCGAUCAUAUUUUUUUAGAGACCGGAGUGGCUGGAAAGUAACAGUUAGGUUUAAAAGACAACGAAGUAAACAAACACAUUCAAGAUGGCGGUAUUUGGCUUGGUGUCAUCGGUGGCGGGCUUUGUGAAGGUCCGCUACCUCAUCGACAAGGCUGUCAUAGACAACAUGGUGUUCAGAAUGCACUAUCGCAUCACAUCAGCCAUAUUGUUCCUGUGCUGUAUACUUGUCACCGCUAAUAAUCUUAUUGGCGAGCCGAUCUCAUGUAUCAACGACGGUGCGAUCCCUGCCCACGUACUCAACACCUAUUGCUGGAUCACCUACACGUUCACACUUCCGAAUUCCAACUCCAAGGCUGUGGCACAUCCCGGCCUUGGCAAUGACUAUUUAGAAGAGAAACGCAUCCAUGCCUACUAUCAGUGGGUGCCUUUCAUGCUGUUCUUCCAGGGUCUGCUGUUCUACGUGCCCCAUUGGGUUUGGAAGAACUGGGAAGAAGGCAAAAUCCGCAUGAUCUCUGAUGGCAUACGUGGUACCGCUGCCACCAUUGCUGACGAUAAGAACAAUCGUCUGAAUCGCCUUGUCCAGUAUUUGGUGGAUACUAGACACAUGCACAACACUUAUUCCUUUGGUUACUUCUUCUGUGAGAUUAUGAACUUCAUCAAUGUGGUUGGCAACAUAUUCUUCUUGGACACAUUCCUUGGUGGGGCCUUCUUGACUUAUGGAACUGAUGUCGUGAGGUUUUCGAACAUGAACCAGGAGCAACGAACUGACCCUAUGAUUGAAGUCUUCCCAAGAAUAACAAAGUGUACAUUCCACAAAUUCGGUGCUUCUGGAACGAUCCAGAAACACGACGCUCUCUGUGUGCUAGCCUUGAACAUCCUCAAUGAGAAGAUUUUCAUCUUCCUGUGGUUCUGGUUUAUCAUCCUAUCGGUAGUGAGCGGAUUGGCCCUGGUCUACUCUGCAGCAGUAAUCCUAUUGCCAAGCACCCGCGAGACGAUCCUGAAGAGGCGAUUCCGUUUCGGAACUCCGGCUGGAGUUGAAUCACUCGUUAGGAAAACUCAGGUGGGAGACUUCCUACUUCUUCACUUGCUCGGUCAGAAUAUGUCACUCCGCGUAUUCGGCGAGGUGCUAGACGAGCUCUCUCGAAGGCUGCACAUGAACUCCAACGCACCCUCAGCCCCUUCCACUCUCGAGAUGGCCCCCAUCUAUCCCAACAUUGACAAGUACGCCAAGGAAACAGAGACGUAAGUUGUGAGACUGAGCUAAGGCAAUACACAACACCCCCAGAAAAAUUGUUCUAGAAAAUGUACGAAAUUUUGUCUCGAAUACGACUCUUGAGAAUAUUCAGCAAUGUGAUUCCUAUACAAUCAUUUCGCUGUUCCUCUCAAUUCUUGUAUCCGAGACUACUUUCUAUCUAGAAAGUAUAGAACGCAGUGUAUUGUGUUUUUAUAACUGUAACGCUCAUUCGCAGUAAUGUAAGAAAUUCAGUUCCAACGACAUGAAUGACCAUGACAUUCCUUAUUUUACCUGUUUAAGUAAGACAACAAUUGCCUUUUUUGCCUUGAGCUUUAAAUUAAGUGAAACCCUAUACGAUUUGUAUAAUUAUUAUAAAAUUGUUGACAAAUUUCGAUUAACAUAAGUAAGCACUUUGUUACGAUAUGGCAUUUGCUGUGGUACUACGACUAUGCGAAUAAGCAACAUUCACUUUUUUCUCAAUAACAUUUAACUUCCAAGUUUAGUUUUGUAAGUUCGAAGCGACUCGCAGAUAAAUGCAAUUGAUAUUUAAAGUACAUACAAAGUAUACAUUCAUUUCUAUUUUAAGUAUAAUGUAUCUUUUUCUAUUAGGAUAUUAUGCAAAUAAAUGAGGUUACAAGCAAAUGUGGUCUGGACACGUUGCGACUAUGUAUUUAUAUUUAAUUUUCCAUCAUUAAAUGUUAUAAUAAUAUUUAAUUCAAUAACUUGUCCAUACUGUGCUGCGAGUAACUUCAGACGUGAGAUAUAGAAGACAUUUUUAAUUUUAGCAGUUUAUGUUUUUCUUUUUUGUAUCGAUAAGUAUGAUAUAAUAUUAAGGCCAUAGCCAUGCAUUUUUAAUGAAAUUAAAUAAGUGAUUAUGAACUGUAUGAAAUAUUAUAAUAAACAGGCUGGUCUCUAAUAUUGAUAUCUAUUUGAUAUGAAACAUUCAGUGAGUUAGUAGUUUAUUAAAAACUAUAACAAUGCUUCAGAAUACACAUAUCGACUUUAAAAUUAAGUCUUUCAUUUACAAUUAAGUAGAUAUUAUAUUGAUUAGAAUAUUUUAUACGUGCUUUUCUUUUGUUCCAUUAAUUUAGUAAAUAUUUUGAAGUUAUAAUGUAACUAAUAGGGUUACUAUCAUGUGUAUGAGCUGCGUGGGUAUCUGCUGAUAGUCAAAUUUUAUAUAAUGUUACUUCAAUCUCGCGAUUGAUAUCAAAAGUAUAUUUGGUACUAGAAAAUCAAAACUAUGUAUGAAGUGUGAAUGGAUAUAAUCAAGGUACGUGUAUCUAUAAGUUUGAAGUGAAUACAUUAUACUCAUAAAUUGUUCCAAAUGUGCCAUUAAUAAGAUGUCCAGAAGGGAAAGGCCACGAUUCUCAACGUAUCUCAAACAUUAUAGAAUAAGAUUGAGUCAUGCACUAAUAUAAUAGAUAUGUGUGAAUGAAAUGAUAUUUUUUGAAUAACUUUCUCGGAAUCUCUAAAAAAUGUCUUCCAUGCACUAGAGCAGUGUUUCAAUGGAACUCGAAUUUUGCAAUUUUGCCGUGUAUUUACUAGAUUUUAAUUAUUACUAUGCCAUUCCUAUAUAAAAUGUUUUGUAGUUUGUAAACGAAGCUGCCUUACUUCCUACGUAAUAUCUCUGAGACUGCAACAAUCAUUUUUCAAUGUGUUACAUUGUCUACAUUAUAUUUGGUAAUAAAUUACUUCAAAUAAUUA